CUCUCGACUGGGGGAUAUGUGGCUAAAAGAGGAUACACCUUCAGCGGUUGAAGAUCAACUUGAAGCUUUGCAGUGACAUAAGCGGGCGCGCCGCGGACCUGUGGAAAGUGUCCCGCGCGUAAAGAGUCGCAGCCCAUUAAGCGGUUCAUGGAGAGCUGCUGCGGACGGACCUGCAGCUCAGCAUCUACACCAAGCUCAGAGGUGGAACAUGGCGGGAGGGAUGAGCCGACCUCACCUCCUCGCGGCUGUAUUUUUGACCUCCUGGAUCACACUCUUCAUCAGGGACGCGGGUGGACAGGAGGACACCUUUAAUGACUUCAGUUUGAACCCGCCGUACUUCAACCUCGCUCCCGGCUCCGGGAUCACCGCCACCGCAACCUGCGGCCAGGAUGAGGCUGGCGCACCGAGGUCGGAUUUAUUCUGUAAGCUUGUCGGAGGACCUAAUUAUGGAAUUUUCACUGAAAAUAUACAGGGCCAGUUCUGUGACUACUGCACCUCUGAUGAUUCAGACAGAGCUCACCCAGCGACCAAUGCCAUCGAUGGGACAGAGCGAUGGUGGCAGAGCCCUCCUCUGUCCAGGGGAACGGCCUUCAACGAGGUGAACCUUACCCUGCACUUUGGACAGCUCUUCCAUGUAGCGUAUGUCCUCAUCAAGUUUGCUAAUUCACCUCGUCCUGACCUGUGGGUGCUGGAGCGCUCCGUAGACAAUGGGAGGACGUUCACCCCCUGGCAAUACUUUGCAAAUUCAAAACGUGAAUGCAUAGAACAGUUUGGAAAGGAGCCGAGUGUUCGUGUAUCCGAAGAUGAUGACCAACUCUGCACCACAGAACAGUCUCGGAUCAUCCCUCUAGAGAAUGGAGAGAUUGUGGUGUCUCUCAUCAAUGGCCGGCCCGGGGCCAAAAACUUCACCUACUCAUCAUUACUGCAAGACUUCACAAAGGCUACUGACAUCCGGCUGCGGUUCCUCCGCACCAACACACUAUUCGGCCACCUCAUCUCCAAGGCCCAGAGAGACCCCACUGUCACGCGCAGGUAUUACUAUAGUAUCAAAGACAUCAGCAUCGGGGGACGCUGCGUUUGCCAUGGCCACGCACAGGUGUGUGGUAGAGAUCGUAACCGGGACAACCCUAACAGCCUCCAGUGUGAGUGUCAACACAACACCUGUGGCGAGUCAUGUGACCGCUGCUGUCCGGGCUUUAAUCAGAAGCCGUGGCGUGCUGCAACUGUUGACAGCGCGAAUGAGUGUCAACCCUGCCAGUGCUUCUCUCAUGCCUCUGACUGCUAUUAUGACCCAGAGGUGGAAAGGAAGGGAGCAAGUUUAGACACCUUCGGCAGGUACAGUGGAGGAGGAGUGUGCAUCAACUGCCAGCACAACACUGCUGGAGGGAACUGUGAGACGUGCACUGAGGGCUUCUACAGACCGUAUGGAGUUCCUCCUGAGUCUCCCUCUGGAUGUAUACGCUGCAGAUGUGAUGGAAGGAAGACGGCCGGUUGUGAAAUGGGGUCUGGAAGGUGUAUCUGCAAGCCAAAGUUUGCUGGAGAAAACUGCGAUCGCUGUGCUGAUGGAUACUAUAACUACCCCAAGUGCACUCGUUACCCCGUGUACCAGACGACCACGACUACGACCACGACCACGACCACUAAAUCUCCAGCAGGUCCUAUUGUGGUGCCCACUUCCUGCCCCACAGGGUACUACUUCAACUCUCGCGGCUGCCAACCAUGCAUCUGUGACUACAGAGGGACGGUGUCCGGGAUAUGUGACGCUUCAGGGCGCUGUCUGUGCCGGCAGGGGGUGGAGGGGGAACGGUGUGACCGCUGCCAGUCCCGAGAUCACUCCUUCCCAAACUGCCAGGCGUGUCGCUGUCGGGGGGCUGGUGUUGCUGAAGGUGCGUGCAGUACAAAUGGACAAUGCAGUUGCCUUCCUAACUAUGUGGGACAGGAGUGUGACGUUUGUGCAUCAGGUUACUAUGGAUAUCCGGACUGCGCUGCCUGCCAGUGUUCACCAGAAGGUUCGUCCGGCUCUGCAUGUGAUCCAUUAUCGGGUCAAUGCCCCUGUCUCCCUGGUGUGGUGGGCCAGCGGUGUGACCGUUGUGCCUCUGGACGGAGGUUCCCUCAGUGCUCAGACCUCACCAGUGUGUGUAGCACGGCAGGAACAGCGGUCCACAAUCCGCAAACGGGCUCGUGCCGCUGCCUACCAAAUGUAGAGGGAACCCUUUGUAACAGGUGUAAACCUCUAUACUGGAACCUCAAUACUGAAAACCCUCAAGGCUGUGUAGCCUGCCAGUGUUCACCAGAAGGUUCGUCCGGCUCUGCAUGUGAUCCGUUAUCGGGUCAAUGCCCCUGUCUCCCUGGUGUGGUGGGCCAGCAGUGUGACCGUUGUGCCUCUGGACGGAGGUUCCCUCAGUGCUCAGACCUCACCAGUGUGUGUAGCACGGCAGGAACAGAGGUCCACAAUCCGCAAACGGGCUCGUGCCGCUGCCUACCAAAUGUAGAGGGAACCCUUUGUAACAGGUGUAAACCUCUAUACUGGAACCUCAAUACUGAAAACCCUCACGGCUGUGUAGAGUGUCAGUGUGAUCUGAAAGGGACGCUGAGUGGUGUUGGAGAAUGUGAACAGAGAAGUGGACAGUGCCACUGUAAGCCUGAUGUGUGUGGCCCUUCGUGUAACUCAUGCAAGGAUGGAUACUUCCAGCUGCAGAAAAAAAAAUAUUUUGGCUGUCAAGGCUGUCAGUGCGACGUUGGUGGCGCUUCUGGAACGGCGUGUGAUCAGGUCUCCGGACAAUGUCAAUGUCGGAAGAAUGUUAUCGGCCCUAAAUGCACAGAGCCAGCAUCCGGCUACUACUUCCCUACCCUGCAUCAGCUGAAGUUUGAAGUGGAGGAUGGCACAACACCAAAUACCAGACCAGUGCGCUUUGGGUAUAACCCUCAAGAAUUUCCAGAUUUCAGCUGGAGAGGUUAUGCUAUAAUGUCCCCGGCGCAGAGUGAAGUCAGAGUAAUAGUGCAUGUUGAUCCAAAAGAUGGGAGGCAGAACUUAUUCCGUGUGGUUCUGCGGUUUGUUAACCCCAGCAGCGUCAGUGUGACUGGUAGCAUCGACGCUACCAGUAACAGAGGCAUUCCAGGGAAAGAUCAUAGUAAAGAAAUUAUAUUUCCUCCGAGUGCCUCCCCAUCCUUCCUCACUGUCCCAGGAGAGGGCUUCGCUGAGCCCUUUGCAAUGAAUCCUGGGAAAUGGAUCAUUCACAUAAAGGCAGAGGGGGUUCUCUUGGACUAUUUGGUGCUGCUGCCCCGGGAUUACUACGAGGCAUCACUGCUGAAGGAAAAAAUCACAGAGCCCUGCACAUACUUAACCACUGCAAACAAGGACGCAAACUGUCUGUUAUAUAAGCACGUAGCCAUGGAUGGCUUCAGCUCCGUGUUGGGGUCACAGGGAAGAGUCAUCGACCGGCGCGGACAGACUCGUGCGCGGAGGCCGAGACAGGCUCGCGGGCGGAGGCCGAGACAGGCUCGCGUGCAACGUCCCAGCCCAGAUCACCCUGAAAUGGCCACUCUCAAUGGGAGACAGUCCCAGCUGGAGCUCAGUCUACGUGUGCCUAGUCCAGGUCUUUAUGCUCUUGUUCUGGAGUAUGCAAGCAUGGUGGACAACGUACAAAACGUCAACAUACUCGUCAGUGGUCAAACAGACACCCAGAUCUUUACCAGAGCCAACAUUUAUAGCUGUGCCUUCAGCACUUUGUGCCGAAGUGUAGCAGUGGACAACAGAAAUCAAGUGGCAAUUAUGCAGCUUACUCACAGGGCGGAUAUUCUGAUCCAGACUUUCACUACGUCGUUCCUUCUGUACAAAGUGUUUGCAGUACCUGCAGAAGAGUUCUCUAUGGAACAUGUGGAGCCAAAGGAACUGUGUGUCUCCACUCACGGCCGCUUCACAGAAGACAGUCGAUACUGCGUUUUGCGGCCGUUUGACAAACCCUCCUCAGCGUUGAUUCUGCAUGCGUCCAGUGACGGGAAGCUAUCAUCCACAUUUGACAAUGCUCUCCAACUAAGAGCAAAUGAAGAUUGGCAGUCCGGGCAGUUUUCUGUCCACGAGCCUCAGAGUGAUGGGGCACUACUUAAAUUUCCUCAGACUGAGAUCAGGUUCACUCCAGCAGUGCCCCUCCCAGCCAUAUAUGUGGUUGUUGUCCAUUAUCAUCAGCCUGAACAUGUCUCCUUCCCAGUGGAAGUGCGAAUAGACACAGGGCGCAGAUGGACAGGUUUGAUAAAUGCAUCGUUCUGCCCGGCGGUCUCAGGCUGCAGGGAGGUUGUCGUUGCUGAUGGCCGCAUUGCUCUCGACUUUGAAAAGAAUUCUUAUCAGCUACCCACCAUCUCUUUGAUCGUGCCCCCUAAAAAGACUCUUAUUCUGGAUUAUAUCUUGUUGGUUCCUGAAGGCAGUUACAACCCAAAACUCCUGAGGGAACAGCCACUUGAUAGAUCUACACAAUUCAAACAGCAAUGCAGAGGAGAGGGGUUCCAUAUUGAGCCCAAAACUUCUUCCCAGUUCUGCAGGGACUCAGCUCGCUCUCUUGUAGCAGCUUUUAAUGACGGAGCCCUGGAGUGCAACUGUGACAAGUCUGGCUCUACGGGGUCUGUCUGUGAUCCAGCGGGAGGGCAGUGUCCAUGCAGGCCACACGUGAUCGGACAGCGCUGCACAAAAUGUGCCACAGGAUACUAUGGAUUUCCCUAUUGCAGAGCAUGUGAAUGUGGCCUCCGGCUCUGUGACGAAGUGACAGGUCGCUGCAUCUGCCCUCCUCAGACAGUCAGACCGGCUUGUAGUGAGUGUCAGAGUCAGACUUUCAGCUUCCACCCUCUGCUCGGCUGCGAGAACUGCGAAUGCUCUUCGAGUGGCAUAAGUGCAAAUGCAGAGAAUCAGUGUGAUCUCAACACUGGACAGUGCAGUUGCAAGCCUCGUAUUGGUGGCCGGAAGUGUGAUCGGUGCGCUGACGGUUAUUACCGCUUUCCUGAGUGUGUGCCUUGUGACUGUGAUCAAGGGGGAGUUACAUCGAAUGUGUGCCACCCAGACUCAGGCAGGUGUCUCUGCAAGAAACAUGUUGCUGGCGUCAGGUGUGACACUUGUCGGGACGGCUCCUUCUAUUUUGACCCCUCCAAUCCUCUCGGCUGCACAAGCUGCUUCUGCUUUGGUGCCACUGACCAGUGUAAAAGCUCCAAGAAACGCAGGGGGAAGUUUAUUGAGAUGCAAGGCUGGCGUUUGGAAAGCCCCGACGUAGAGGAGGUCCCCUCUGUUCUGAACGCAGCCAGCAACACGGCGGUGGCAGACGUCCAGGAGCUCCUCCCUACUGCUCAACGUCUACACUGGGUGGCACCACAGUCCUACCUGGGAGACAGAGUUUCAUCUUAUGGUGGUUUCCUCACUUACCAGUCCAAAUCAUUUGGGAUCCCCAGUGAAGGGAUGACUCUUAUGGACAGACAAGCUGAUGUUGUGCUGAAAGGUCAGGAUAUGAGCCUGAUCCACAUGGCUCCACAUGUUCCUAUUCCAGACAGGCUGUACCAGGGCAGAAUCCAGCUUUUGGAGGAAAACUGGCGCCAUGCUGAUACCAACAGGCCCGUGUCCAGGGAAGAGCUCAUGACAGUCUUGGCAGGUCUGGUGGGCCUGAAAAUCCGAGCCCUGUAUUUUACUCAGACCCAGCGACUUAGUUUGGGGGAGGUGGGCUUGGAGGAGGCCACAAACUCCGGGACAGGAAGUCCUGCGAACACCGUGGAGCUCUGCUCCUGCCCGCCCAAGUUCACCGGAGACUCUUGUGAGAAAUGUGCUCCUGGCUUCUACAGAGAUGGCAGCGGGCCCUACCUGGGGCGCUGUGUGCCCUGUGAGUGCAACGGUCUGGCUGAUAAGUGUGAAGACAGGACAGGGCGAUGUCUGAACUGUAAGUUCAACACAGCUGGAGAUCGAUGUGAACGCUGUAAAGAAGGUUACUAUGGCAAUGCCGUUCAGCGGUCAUGCAAAGUGUGCCCAUGCCCGUUCAGCUCAAACAGUUUUGCAGUGGGCUGCAGAGAAGUUUAUGGUGAAAUGCAGUGCGUAUGCAAAGCAGGAUACACCGGGGACAGGUGUGAGAGUUGUGCUCCUGGUUACUACGGUGAACCACUGACCCCAGGAGGACGUUGUCGGCCAUGUAAUUGCAAUGGCAACGGUAACAGCUGUGAUCCCAGGACUGGAGUCUGCAAGAACUCAUUCGAACCAGGAGACACCGAUACAGAUGCAAACUGCCAAGAGUGUGAUAGUUGUGCUCAGACUUUACUGGAAGACUUGGAGAAAGUGGAUGUUGAUCUGGCACGGAUCAAAGCUCAUCUGGACAACGCCUCUGCUAGCGCCUCCUCUAAGGAAAGCCUGGAGAAGCUUGAGAAGGCUGUGUCAGAAACAAAGGUUCUUGUCAACAAAUAUAGCUAUUCAAUUAACAAGCAAAAGUCCAGAGUGGAUCAGAUGGAGGAUGACAUGACCAACCUCAAAGGUGACAUCAACUCCCUCAAGGACAAGGCUGAUCAGACAGAUGCUGACGCUGACAAGGCAGUGGCACAGGUGAAAAAAACCCACAAGAGAGCAAAGGAUUUGGACUCGGAGAUUCAAAACAUGCUGAAGAAAAUCCAAGACUUACUGGACAAGCUGAAUAAUGAAGGCAACAGAGGUGAUGCCCUUCCUAAUGACAGCUUGGGGAAAAUGCUGGAGGAUGCUCAGCGGAUGGUGAAGGAGAUGGAGAAAAGGAACUUCACUCCUCAGAAGACAUCCGCUGAGAAAGAACGAGAUGAGGCAAAGAAAUUGCUGGACCAUAUCAAGACCAAUGUAAGUAAGCAGUGUGACCAAAAUGAGGCAGCAGCAGAGAAGCUUCGGGACCUUCUCACCAUCUACACUGCCAAGCUGGAGGACCUGGAUAAGGCUUUAAAAGAGGCCUCGAACUUGGUGAAAAAAGCCAAUGCCCAGAAUGGUCUCAAUUCUCAGACCUUGAGAGACCUGCAGAAACGUGUCGAGAAACUGAAGAAGGAGCGGAAAACUGUAGAGGACCAAAUGGCCAUGGCCGAGGAUGAGCUGCAGAAAACAGAGGAUUUGUUGCAAAAGCUGUCGGACAGUAAAUUGGAGUAUGAACAGCUCGGUGCACAGCUGGAUGGAGCCAAGACUGAUUUGACCAAGAAAGUAAAUGAGAUUGUCAAGGCAGCAGGCAAGAAGGACAUUGUGGAAGAUGCAGAAGAGCAUGCGAGAAUGCUCUCCAAACUGGCACAAGAACUUGAAAAUUCCGUGAAAAAUGCAAGUGGACUUUCUGAGGUGCGUGAUGCGAAGGAUGCAAUCGAUGCCUACAAGAACAUCACAGAUGCAAUCAAUGCUGCCGAGGCAGCUGCCAACGAGGCCAAAGACGCUGCAGACAAUGCCCUGAACAAUAUAAAAAAACAGAAGCUCACACAAAGAGCAAAAGAUCUGAAAAAGACUGGUGAUGACCUACUUAGCACUGCAGAGGACGCAACAAAAGACCUUCAGGGCGCAUCCAGCAACCUCACUGACCUGAAAAAGCGCCUGACACAAGCUGACAAGAAGAAGAGGGAUCUUGAGAGAGACCUUCUUGAUGCCCAGAAUCAAUUGAACAACAUCAACAGAGAUGACAUUGGGGACAUGAUUGCGGAGGCCAAAAGGAAAGCGGCGUCAGCCAACGACACAGCCGCCGACACUAUGGACAGGCUCAAUACUAUCAUAAAAGAAGUUGAUAAGAUCAGUACCUCUCCUGUGGACUCUAACCUAAGCAGUGUUCUGGAUAAUGUUGACCAGUCAGUGAAGGAUUUGUUGAACACCAUCCCAUCUCUCAAUGAUAAAAUCUCAGAGGUGGAGAACUUGACCUCAGAGUUCUCCCCCAUAAGUAAUAUAUCUGAGAACAUUAAGAAGAUCAAGGAACUUAUUGAAGAAGCCAGAGAUGCAGCCAACAGGAUUACGGUCCCCAUGAACUUUGGAGGUGAUGCUUAUGUGGAACUGCGUCCACCAACAAAUGUGGAUGAGCUGAAAGCCUACACAUCGCUGUCUCUGUCGCUACAGAGGCCUGAAGGCAGGGGGGAUGGAAGAAGACGCAGGCAAACCAGAGACGACACAGACAUGUUUGUGUUGUACCUUGGCAAUAGAGAUUCUUCUAAGAAUUACAUAGGUAUGGCUUUGAGGAAGAACAUUUUGUACGUCGUGUACAAGCUCAACGGAGUCGAGUACGAGAUGAAGUCAGGUUAUAUUUCUAAAUCUGCGCCCGAGCCAGCCAAGUUUGACAGAGUGGACCUACGCAGAAUUUACCAAGACAUGGAGCUUACCCUUACCAAAGAUUUUACCUCGGGCUCACCUGGCCAGCCACUUCAGGGCACAAACCAAGGUGUGGAGAAAAAGGACCUCCUGAACAUCAGUCCCAAUGACAUUGUCUUCUACGUUGGAGGCCACCCUGCCGAUUUCACUCCGCCAGCCUCCAUCAAAUACCCCAAAUACAAAGGCUGCAUUGAGUUCUCUUCCUUUAAUGACAAAGUCGUGAGUCUUUAUAAUUUCCAGAAAGCAGAGAGCAUCAACAGGGCAAUUCCAUGCAAGAGGUACGUUCCUCCAAUGGAUUCGGAUUACUAUGAAGGCACUGGAUAUGCCAGAGUGAACAUAGAUAGAAUGUCAAGCUUUUUCAUGGUGGAGAUGAGCAUUUUCACACGUUCAGAAAACGGUCUACUCUUUUACGUGGGAAAAGAGGAUGAUUACUUAGCUGUGACAAUGGAGAAGGGCGUCCUAUUUAUACAUAGUAACAAGAUUGAAGCACCAGCCACAAAAAAUGUGAAAAAAUUCCCGGUAACCGAGUGGACAGAAGUCCGAAUCCUUAUAAUAAAAUCAGGAAAAGUUACAGUCCGCAUGGGCUCUGAGGUUCUGGCUGAAGUUCAAGGUGACUUCAUGAAAGACUAUAAAGAAUUUUACAUCGGUGGUUUGCCUCAAGACUUGAGGGAGAGAGGUAACAUCACCAUGCAGCCAUUCAAGGGAUGCUUGAAGAAUAUGAAGCUGAAUCAAGGCUAUAAACCCCUUGAUGAGCAAGUUGGAGUCAGCAAAGGUUGUCCCACUGAUGCACUGGUUUCACGCAAGGCCCAGUUCAGCUUGGGGAGCUCCCUCUCCGCCCCUAGUCAUGUCACUAUGAACGGAAACGUUAGCAUCUCCCUCGGAUUCAAGAGCACAGAGAGCAACGGCCUCAUUUUGGAGAACAAACACAUGGCUGAUGGGAUAAAACUUGCAUUGGAAAAUGGCUAUGUGAUCCUAAAUUUCAACGAAAAACAGUGGAAAUCUAACAAGCAAUAUCAGGAUGGGCAGUGGCAUUAUUUGACGAUCACCAAAGGAGCUGGAAGGAUUGAGAUGCAUAUCGAUGAUGAGGAUAAUUGUCAGCAGCAGAAGGAUGAUCCGUACACACCCAUGGGAAGCAACAUGCUGUCACUCGGAAAUAAAAAGUUCAAAGGCUGCAUUUCCAACCUCUACACAAGACGGCCAGAUAAGCUGUACCAGCCUGAGGACCUCAGCUACUUCACUGCUUCCGGAGAUGUCCUGUCGGAUGUCUGCACAGCUGAAAGUCCUAUUCAACUGAUGCUGGACCGCGGCUCUAAGAGGAGAUGAAGAAGAAGGCGUCCUAAGACCUGCUGAUGCGGACAAGAAUCAAAUAUUGACUUGAAAAACUGCCAGUGUACACCACAAUGUUCUUAAACGCCUGCUCAUCCAUUUUCAGUGUACUUCAAUAAUAAAAAUAAUACUUGCAUGAAUGUUUCAGUAGCAAUACCAAACUAAAAAAUGAUUGUAUUUCAUCAACUUUGUCUUUUCUAUUUAAAUUAAUCAACUACAAACUUGAAUAAGAACCUUGAAAUUACUCCGUGUCUCCUCUCUUUCUUCCAUGUAACCCUCUAACAGUCAUUCACAAGCACAUUCCCUCCAUCUCACCUGAGUUUCACACAAUCAUCUCCUGAUUUUGAAAUGAUAGAAACGCUCUAAUCACAGUUUCUGAGCUGCAAAUUUCGCAUUCAAAUCAGUUUCACCUUGAUCAUGUGAAUUUGAGUAAAGCAUGCUUUGGUACCUUAUGAUUUAUUUCAAACGCUGAUGAGCUGAUUGCACAUCAAAGAAGAAGCAUGUACGCUGUGCCUCACGACCCUCCGUAUCCAUUUCUAGAGUGCACAAUGAAAAAAACAGAUUGAACUUUAAAGCUAAAUUGAGAUUAGACUUUCUCUCACAGUCCAACAGCAUGCAUUAUAGGUAAAUUGAUUAUUCUAAAUUGCCCGUAGGUGUGAGUCUGAGUGUGCCUGGUUGUUUGCCUGUAUAUGUGGCCCUGCGAUGGACUGGUGAUCUGUCCAGGGUGAACCCCUGCCUCUCGCCUGAAAUUAGCUGGUAUAGGCUUCAGCAGACCCCCGUGAACCUGCAAAGGAUAAAGCGGGUAUAGAAAAUGGAUGGAUGGAUGGAUGAUGUUAGACUCUGAACAUCAUUGUAGUAAAUGAUGUAACCACUGAGAAGAAAAGAGGCAAACCUUGAGAUGAAAUGAAAAGAUUUCUCUUACCUUAAGUUUGCCAACAUUUUGAAUUUCAAUAGUGUGAUGUUCAAACUUCAUUGUCAUUCUUUAACCCACCCCCCCACCCCUUUCAGCAGCAUGAAUAUAGCAAUAUUUGUAACCACACUGGCCCUUGCAUGCUCAUAAUGACUAUAAAAAUGCCAUUUGGUUUGGAGCAAUCUCUUCCCUAGCAACCUUUGACUCACAAUAGAUUGGCUGAAAAAUAAAUUCCCAGCUGAAAUCAAAGAAUAAGCAGCUGGCACCAGAGGCUAGACUUGAUGGAACAACAUAAAGUAGUUAGAGAAAAGCAAAAUACAAAAAAAAGAAAAAUGAUACUCUGAAAUGAAGUGAAAGCCCAUGGGGUUUCAUGUUGAAGCAUGCUUAGAACCAGAUAUCAAAGUGUGUAAGAUUAUCUACUGUUGAACGAGUCCUUGCCUUGUAGUUAUAUUUAUGCCAAGACUUUGUGAGUUCUUGCAGAAAAGUCUGUUGCAUGUAACUCUGUUCUUGAGUGCAUGUCGGAGAUUCGCAAGCAAAUUCUUAGUGAUAACAUUAAACAUCACUGUGAUAUAAGAGAACUCUUAAAAGAGAGUCAGCAUGGGGAAACCUAUAUACCGUAUUUUCUGGACUAUAAGCCGCACCUGUAUAUAAGCCGCAUCCGCUCUAGUUUAAAAAAAAAAAGAUAUGCAAGCCACAGAUAUUUCUGUUGUUAGAUUAGAUAUUUACUACAUGUACAGAAGGAUUUUGAACUGUAAAUGAUGUACAUGUUUGUACCUAAAUAGAUCCUUUCGUCUUUUAACACGGCAGCAACUUUGCUGAUUAAAACGGGACAGAACCAAGAGAAAAUAACCGGUAUUUAUUUAUCUAUUUAUCUGUUUGAAAUCUGCUUCUACCUACUUCUAUCUGUAAAGAAGAAGUAGCGUAUUCUUCUUUGCAUUUAUUUUGUCUUAGUUUUGAUUCUAAUUCCGGUUAUAGCGCCCCGAGCGGUGGAAGAAAAAUCCACAGAAUAGCUGCACCUUUGUAUAAGCCGCACGGUUGAAAACCUAUGAAAAAAGUAGCGGCUUAUAGUCCAGAAAAUACGUUAAUUAAGUAAAUAAUUCAACUUUAUGCUGCCAUAAUUACACGUAUGGCCCACCAUUUUCCAUUUAUCGCAUUAAUGAUAAAAGCUGACAUGAAAUUAUUCUGAAUUAUUAUCCUUAAACCAGUCUGACAACAUUAAGUGAAACAUUACAGAUAUGUUCCUUUUGGCACAAAAUUAUUUUUGUAAAAAUGUUUCUCCAUAUGACAAGUCAAAUGUUACAAUGGUUUUACGAUAUAUACAGUACAAACCAAAAGUUUGGACACAACUUCUCAUUCAAACAAAUGGGGAAGUGUGUCCAAACUUUUGGUCUGUACUGUAUAUGCUGCUGAAAUAUUCUUGAAUUUGGGGAAAACUGAGUUUUCCAUAGUUCUUUCUGACUCUUUAAUCGAGAAAAUAUUAGUUGAUGAAUUUUUAACACCGUUAUUAGAUUAAUAGAGUAUUCAAUAAAAUAAAACUACUUUAAGCCCCAUUUGCAUUGAUCUGUUCAAGAACGGGGUCCAGUUUAGAAAAUGAGUCACCUGAAUUCUCACGUUCAGGUUUUUACAUAAUUUUUCUUUUAUUUGUUUUUCACUUAUACUAGCAUAUAUGUGUUACAUCCUUGUCAUUAUGCUUUUGCAUUCACGAUAUAUAUAAUUUGAUUUAUUGACAGAGUGGAACUCAUCCAUCGAUGUGACAGAGCGAAGACUUGUUAGGAAUUCG